UAAAACCAACUGACCGCCCGCCAUCAUUUUCUCAGAUCAAAAGACAUGAUACUUGAUAACAAUAAUUAAUCAAGUCCUCCCCACGACCAAAAGGAAUUGCACUCAAGCGAAAUAGCUUGAGGAAUUCUCUAGUUCCUCCUCCUCUUCCUCCUAUUACAAUUAUCAUUAUUAUUAUUACUCACUGAGUGAAAGAGACGAGGAAAAUGACAACCCCCACCAACGAAGCAGACGUGAUUUUCAACAGGGCCAAUAUCGCCCUCGCACGAAGCCAGAGACUUGUCGCAUCAUGGCUUCCGCCCAAAUCAGACGAGGAGCUCGCGCAGCAGACAAAGUCAGAAGAGGAAUUGCAGAGAGAGGAAGAUGAGAUUUUCACCGCUGUUCCGGAGAAACUUGGACUCGGUGCUCCCCUUCCCAAAGCCACUGAAGAUGGGAGUUGGAAUCGAACCGAGCUUAGUUCGAAUGAUAAAUUACGACAACAGCUGAUGGGUAAGGGAUUUGCGAAGGCAAUGGCGGCGAAACAGCGCCAACUACAGCAGAAUAUCAAUAGACGUCCGGAACAAGGCAAAGCUGGCGCAAAGUCCUCCGCGAGAACUGAGAAUGAUGGUGGCGAUGACGAUGACGACGAAGAGGAGGGUCGUUCGGCGCUUGGGAAUAAGAAAAGAAAGGUGGCUGCGACGGUAGUUGAGGAUGGUGCGAAUAAUGAGAUCGCUGAAAGCAAAGAGUCUUCUGCUUCUACUCCUGGCGCGGAGUCGGGACGAGGAAAGAAGAAGAAAAAGACGGGAAGUUAUCUCGACGAGGUCUUGUCUCAGCGAUCAAAGAAGAAGAAGAAAUGAGCUGUCUUGACGGGGUUCGAGGUUAAGAAUUACAACUGGGGGUGCUACAAAACGCGACCAUCACAGUGGGC